UGCAGCCCUUCCGAGUGUUGCAUAUUAUAUAUUCUAAAAUAAAUGUUGCGCUAAGGAGAGAAAAAUAUUAGAUCUAGCUGCAACCAUGGCACAUCCAUUGCUGGGAUCAAGACUUAUAAAGAAGCCAUUAAGGAAAGCUCGUAAAGCUGUUAAUAGAAUUGCAACUGUCCUUCAGGCACACCUCCACAAAGAUGCUGGCAUUGUAGUGAGUGAGAUUAUUGAGGGUGGAUCAUUAGGGCAGGGUACUUGUGUUCCAAUGAAGUUUGACGUUGACUUAGUCAUCUUUUCAAGAAGUAUAACACAUGAAAUGAUCAGUAACCCUGAUGAGCGGAAGGAAAUAUUAACCAAAGUGCAGCAAUGCCUGAUUCGUCGCUUAAAAGGAAACUAUGUGGAUGAUAAAAUGACACAAAACUCUGUCCAAUUUAAAUAUAAACAUUCGCCUGGACAUACUAUUGAUGUUGAUGUGCUGACAUCCCCAAUGUGGGAAAGUGCAGGGGAAUUGUCACAGUACAUAGCUGACCAUUGCCCUGAUCAAUACUAUCAUUUGUCAGCAGGGGCUUCCAAAUGGCAGACAGAUUUUAUACGACAUCAAAUGCCAAGGGUGAAGGAAUACAUUAAGAGAGCCAAGUAUUGGAAGAAGAGCAUUGAUUGGUCACCUGGUCGUGAGCCAUCAUCAUACUUGAUGUCUUUGUUAGUUAUUAAAGCAUCAGAUUUGGUUGGAGAGCAUGUAACUGGAAAAUCACCUCCAUCAUUGAAAAAAAUGGCAGCUAGAAACAUUUCAGAAAAAAUAAAAGAACUUGUCAAGAGCCAUCAUGCAAUUGAUAUACAGUUUCAGACUCAAUACAUGUUCACGACAGAAGCACCAGCUCAACCAAGAGUGAUCGAUCCUGCUAAUGUUUGCAAUAACUUGUAUGAGACAGGGUUUGGGAAACAAGGCAGGAGAGAUGAACCAGGAGAUUACUGGGAUGUGUUUGCUAAGAAAAUUGAGAGUUUGGAUUUAAGCAUUCCAUUUGAAAGGCUUGGCCCCCUACCUUAACAUGCUUAACGACUAUUGCAAUUAUGUGUGGACUAUUUUUUGCUGCAUUUUUUAAUUUCUAGUUUAGUUAUUGUAGCAAUAUUCCCAUGUAAAGUUUGGGUAGUUAGUUCUCUUUGCUGUAUCAUUGUUUUCUUUGCUGUGUCACUGUUGUAGCUAUAGUGAGAUUUUUAAUAAGUUUUGAUCAUUUUUAAGGAAAAUUAUA